AUGUCAGCAACUCCGGUGUCAUCAGAUUCAAGCCAUCCAGGUGCUCCUAUUGAGCUAGCUUGGUCGUCUCAGCGACCCGAGCUGCGCAGCGAGAAAGAAGAUUGGAUGGGCGUGACGAAUCCCGUUGAAAGGCGAAAAUUGCAGAACCGCUUAAACCAGCGAGCACGGAGAAACCGCGCCCAAAAGAAGAAUGCCAUCAUCAAACAGCCACACAGUGUCAUCGUACCGGACGAGACCCACGAGAGCGAUGCAUCGGGUCGUGAAGGCAGCACGUCCGAUGCAUCUCAAGAUGGCUCCAGCGAACCGGAUGGCACAGUGAUGCGGAAGUCAUGCAUGGCCGCUCAUCCAAAAGUGAAAGAGCUUAUGCAACGCUUCUCCGAACAUGCAUAUGCCAGCUACAUGCAAGGGACACCCGCUUUGUCACACUUACCACUGCUUCUCAAGUAUAACGUAGCUAGUGGUCUCGCGCGAAAUGCCGACCUACUGGGGGUUACAGCACAAUACUAUGAUUGGUAUGGCAUCUCGCCACUAAACAAGCAGGGUCCACUCUUGGGUUCGGGAGCUGGAGCGGAAUGGCCUGCAUGUCUACAACCCACUGAAUUACAAAGUUCCAUAGAGCAUCAUCCCUGGCUCGAUCUGUUCCCCUGGCCCAAGGUCCGCGACAACAUGCUGCAAGCGUUUCAGCGAACGGAGCCCGUUGACUAUGAAGACGAGCUAUGCAUCGAUGUCUGCGAAUACAACCAUCUAGAUCGCAGACCAAUACUGAUAGUAUGGGGUCCUCCCGAAGAUCAUCGCAGCUGGGAGAUCGAUCCUAUAUUCCUGGAGAAGUGGGGCUGGCUGCUCAGCGGAUGCCCCGAAGUGUACGAAGCCACAAACUACUGGCGCGGAACACGAGGCGAGAAGCCGAUUACUCCACAGCAGUGGCAUAACACGAUACAGAGGAGUUUGCCAGACCAGUUCCGCUAA